AUGGCAGCAGCAGGCAGUGUAGUCCCGGCUCUGGCCGACCGGCCCAUCAAGAACACCGUCGUUCUCUUCGACGUCGACGGCACCCUCACACCGGCUCGCCUCGGUGUCUCGCCUGAAAUGCUUCAGCUUCUUUCCGCUCUCCGCCACAAGGUCGCCAUUGGCUUCGUGGGCGGUUCCGAUUUGGUCAAGCAGCAGGAGCAACUCGGCACCGCUUCGAUCCCCGUCACUUCCCUCUUCGACUUUUGCUUUUCGGAAAACGGCCUGACGGCCUUUCGCAUGGGCCAGCCGCUGGCGAGCACGAGCUUCAUCAAGUGGAUUGGCGAGGACAACUACAAGAAGCUCGUGCGCUUCAUCCUGCACUACAUUGCGGAUUUGGACAUACCGAUCAAGCGAGGAACAUUUAUUGAGUUCCGCAAUGGCAUGAUAAACGUCUCGCCAAUCGGUCGUAAUGCCAGCACGCAGGAGAGGAAUGAAUACCAGGAGUACGAUUUGAAGCACAACAUUCGCAGCGACUUUGUGAAGGCAAUUCAGAAGGAGUUUCCAGAUCUUGGACUUACCUACUCCAUUGGUGGCCAGAUCUCCUUCSACGUCUUCCCUCAAGGCUGGGACAAGACUUACUGCUUGCAGCAUCUUGCAAAGGAGAAGGAUCUCCCGGGUGGCACUGACUACACCACGAUCCACUUUUUUGGCGACAAGACAGAAAAGGGCGGCAACGACUACGAGAUUUAUUCUGACCCACGCACCAUCGGCCACAGCGUUCGUAACCCGGAUGAGACCACGGCAGAGGUGAAGAAGCUUUUUGGUCUAUGA